UGUUGUCUCCUUAAUGGAAGGACAAAUUAGGAUUACAGUUGUUGGACUGAAUGAAGUUAAACGGGAUGAGCGGAAUGGACUUUCUCUUUUUAUUUAUGAUGGGAAUGAUAGUCUUUUUGAUAGCGGAAGUCUGAGAAGAGAAAUAGGAGAUUCUACUGAGUUGUCAAUUCAAAGAGAAAAUCAAACUGGUCAACGUUUAGAAAUCAAUAACGAUAGAAUUAAUCUUGAUAAUAUUCUUGCAAACCCAGGAGUUUCGUAUCAACAAACAGUAGACGGUGUACAAUUAAGAAUCGAGUAUAUUAGUGCUAGACCGGGGACUUUUCAAGAAGAUGCAG